AGGUGAUUGCAAAAGGAGGGGGGGAGCCCAUCGCAGUGUAUUUCCCCAGCUUGGCUCCUUAAUAGUUGCGCCUCGGACAAGGGGCGACUCAUUUAGCCCCGGCUACUGUGAGAGAGGGAGGCACGCGUAGCCCGGGGAUCGCGAGUCUUUCUUCGCUCGGGGGAAGCCUGAGCGGCUGUGCCGGGAGAGCUCUGCAGCCCCAGCACGCGGCGAGACCGAUUCUGUGGUUUAUUUAUUUAUUUAUGGCUCGCCUGCGGGAGCCAAGCGGAGUUUGCUAAAUUCUUUGGCUGGGUGGGAUCGUUGCCGCUACGCUGCUGUUAUUUGGGGUGUGUGUUUGUGAUGUGUGUGUGAUGUGGUGGGGAAGAUCGUAAAUUAGGGAGAGCGCGACACACACACACACACACACACACACACACACACACACACACACACACAGAGCGGCGUGGAAUGGGAUGGGUAGCGGGAGAGAAGGGGCGUUUUGCCUGAUAGAAAAGGAUUCGCGAGGGGAAAUGGGCUUCGGGAGAAAACUGGCUCAGUCCUUUGCCUGAAAAACGUGGCAGGCAGGCAGGCAGGCAGGCAGGCAGACUGGCUGGCUGGCUCGGUGCGGGAAGAGUUGACAAUGAGACGUGUGGAGCCUUUGCAAUUAAAAAGUGCCCAAAGAGGAAACCGGGAGCCUUUGGAAUGGACAAAAAGGGCGUGUGUAGCAUAGUAGUUCGCGGCGGCGAGAGGGGAGGACGCGAAAUGGAAAAACCUGGACUGGAACCGCGUGGAGUUGUCACAGCUAAGCGCGGCACGGAGGGAGAGCAGCGCAGUCGUUGCGGGGAUAGAGAAGAUUCGCUUGUUCUUAAAGAGCUGCAAACGCUGUAGCGUUUGUCUGCUGUGGGUCGCUCGGGCUGAAGGCGUGUUGGUUAGGCGAGAACUCCUCCCUGGUACGCCGAGCCUCGGAAGAGAGGAAAGGGCCGUGUAGAAUGCCAGCAUGUAUAAUGUCCUGAAUCUGGAAACAAGUGGAAAAAAAGAAGUUCGUCCACAGGAAUUCACUCUCUCCUCCCCACUCCAGUUUUUGGUUUGAUUCUUGUUUAUUUUAUAGUUAGAUUAAUGCAUUGCUGGAUGUGACUCUUCCACCAUGUGGCUUCUAAGGCUAAAGCACCAUGUGUCAAUUAAUAUUUGGACCCUGCUGCUUCUGGGUAGUUCUUGGUUGCCAUUGGCAAAAAGCACUACCAAAUCCUCCUCCCCUUUUAUGACUUUCCAGGUCACAGACUGGAGUUUGACACAUUUGGUGGUCCACAACAAAACCGGGGAAGUAUAUGUGGGUGCUGUCAACCGGAUCUAUAAGCUUGCAAAUAACCUGACAGAAAUGCGCACACAUGUGACGGGUCCAGUAGAUGACAAUGAGAAGUGUUAUCCACCACCUAGCGUGCAGUCUUGCCCACACGGUCUAGUCAGUACCAACAAUGUCAAUAAACUGCUGCUGGUAGAUUACUCUGGGAAUCGUCUGAUAGCCUGCGGCAGUGCUUCACAAGGUAUCUGCCAGUUCCUACGGUUGGACGAUCUCUUCAAGUUGGGCGAGCCACACCACCGUAAGGAACACUACCUCUCUAGUGUCAAUGAGUCAGGAACAAUGUCUGGUGUUAUAAUUGAAGUGCAGAAUGGACAAAACAAGCUUUUCAUUGGAACUCCCAUUGAUGGAAAGUCCGAGUAUUUCCCUACUCUGUCCAGCCGUAAACUGAUGGACAGUGAAGAGAAUGCAGAGAUGUUUGGCUUCGUUUAUCAAGAUGAAUUUGUCUCCUCCCAGCUCAAGAUCCCAUCAGAUACACUCUCCAAGUUUCCCACAUUUGAUAUCUAUUAUAUCUAUAGUUUCAGUAGUGAGCAAUUUGUCUAUUACCUAACAUUGCAGCUGGACACCCAACUUACCUCACCCGACUCUACAGGAGAGCAGUUUUUCACCUCAAAAGUUGUCCGGCUAUGCGUGGAUGACCCCAAGUUCUAUUCAUAUGUGGAAUUUCCCAUUGGUUGUGUUCGAGAUGGCAUUGAAUAUCGCUUAAUUCAGGAUGCUUACCUCAGCAAGCCUGGAAAGGCCUUGGCCAAGCAACUGGGCAUUUCAGAACAGGAGGACAUUCUGUUCACAAUCUUCUCUCAAGGGCAGAAGAACAGAGUCAAACCACCAAAAGAAUCUGUCCUCUGCCUUUUCACAUUGAAGAAGAUCAAAGACAAGAUCAAGGAACGCAUCCAGUCUUGCUACCGUGGAGAAGGGAAGCUUUCUCUGCCUUGGCUUUUGAAUAAAGAAUUAGGUUGCAUAAAUUCACCCUUACAAAUAGAUGACAAUUUCUGUGGGCAAGAUUUUAACCAACCGUUGGGUGGAACUGUCACCAUUGAAGGUGUGCCACUGUUUGUAGACAAGGAAGAUGGCAUGACUUCUGUGGCUGCUUAUGACUACCAUGGACACACAGUUGUUUUUGCUGGUACACGAAGCGGCAGGAUAAAAAAGAUCUUGGUUGAUCCUACCAGUCCCAUUGGACAUUCAGCUUUGCAAUAUGAAAAUGUGGUAGCCCAUGAUGGCAGUCCAAUUUUGCGGGAUUUAGUGCUGAGCCCUGAUCUGCAAUAUCUUUAUGCCAUGAGUGAGAAACAGGUGACUCGUGUGCCAGUGGAAAGCUGUGAGCAGUAUGCAUCAUGUGCACUGUGCCUGGGUUCUAGAGAUCCUCACUGUGGUUGGUGUGUCCUACAUAACAUCUGUUCUCGGAAGGAGCGUUGUGAUCGAGCUGAUGAACACCAGCGUUUUGCCUCAGAUCUGCACCAGUGUGUUCAACUUACCGUUCAGCCUAAGAAUAUAUCAGUCACCAUGUCAGAAGUCCCGCUGGUUUUGCAAGCCUGGAAUGUUCCUGAUCUCCUGGCUGGUGUGAAUUGUUCCUUUGAAGAUUUCACUGAAUCUGAAAGCCGCAUUGAAGAUGGCAGAAUCUACUGUAGUUCUCCAUCUACAAAAGAUGUCAUACCUAUUACCAGAGGACAAGGUGAUAAGCGAGUGGUAAAGCUCUAUCUUAAGUCCAAAGAGACAGGGAAGAAGUUUGCAUCUGUGGAUUUUGUAUUUUACAACUGUAGUGUUCACCAAUCCUGCCUGUCCUGUGUGAAUGGAUCCUUCCCAUGCCACUGGUGUAAAUAUCGUCACAUUUGUACUCACAAUGCAGCAGACUGUUCCUUCCUUGAAGGCCGUGUAAACAUGUCUGAGGACUGCCCACAGAUCCUUCCAAGCACCCAGAUUUACAUCCCUGUCGGUGUGGUGAAGCCUAUCACUUUAACAGCCAAAAACUUGCCACAGCCGCAAUCUGGACAGCGCAAUUACGAAUGCAUCUUCCACAUCCCUGGGAGCCCCUCCCGUGUCACUGCCCUGCGUUUCAACAGUACCAGCAUCCAGUGCCAGAAUACCUCGUAUUUCUAUGAAGGAAAUGACAUCAGUGACCUCCCAGUGAAUCUUUCUGUUGUGUGGAAUGGAAACUUCAUAAUUGAUAAUCCCCAAAACAUCCAAGCUCACUUGUACAAGUGCUCAGCUCUGCGAGAAAGCUGUGGGCUGUGCCUGAAGGCAGAUCCACGCUUUGAGUGCGGCUGGUGUGUGUCAGAAAAACGAUGGUCCCUCCGUCAACACUGCCCAGUAUCGGAAAGCAGCUGGAUGCAUGCAAGCAAUGGCAAUAGCCGUUGUGCAGAUCCCAAAAUCCUUAAGUUGUUUCCUGAAACAGGCCCCCGGCAAGGUGGGACUCGGUUAACCAUCAUUGGUGAGAAUUUGGGCCUGAAGUUUGAAGAUGUGCGCAUGGGUGUUCGGGUUGGCAAAGUGUUAUGCAUGCCCAUUGAAAGUGAAUAUAUCAGUGCUGAGCAGAUCGUCUGUGAGAUUGGAGAAGCCAGCCCCAGCAAAAUUCAAGAUGCUCCUGUAGAAGUGUGUGUCAGAGAUUGUUCCCCCAGCUAUAAGGCUAUAGCUCCAAAAAGCUUCACUUUUGUGGUUCCUACCUUCUCACAAGUCAUCCCAGAUCGUGGGCCUCUUUCUGGGGGUACCUGGAUUAGCAUCAGAGGAAGACAUCUCAAUGCAGGAAGUAACAUCACAGUAACCAUUGGAGGACAACCAUGUGCUUUUGCAGGGAGAAAUGCUGGUGAAAUCCAAUGUAGGACCCCAUCUGGUCAGAUUCCAGGUAGUUCAGCCAUCCUCAUUCAUAUAAACCGGGCUGUGCUUAGCAGUUCUGAUGUUACAUAUUAUUAUACUGAGGAUCCUACAAUUCAAAAGAUAGAUCCUGAAUGGAGCAUCAGAAGUGGUGGGACAUUGUUGACUGUGACAGGGACCAACCUGGCCACUAUCAAAGCACCCAGAAUCCGAGCCAAAUAUGGCAGUGCUGAGAAGGAGAAUAAUUGUACAGUCUACAAUGAUACCACCAUGGUGUGUUAUGCUCCUUCCAUUGAUAAUCCAGUCAAGAGCCCUUCAGAACUUGGGGAUCGACCAGAUGAGAUUGGCUUUAUUAUGGACAAUGUCCAAGCCUUGUUGAUCAUCAACAGAACUAACUUUAUCUAUUACCCAGAUCCUGUCUUUGAAUCUUUGCCAUCUGGUAUGUUGGAGCUCAAGCCAAGUUCUCCUCUUAUUCUCAAGGGCCGUAACCUACUGCCACCUGCACCUGGUAAUUCCCGGUUAAACUACACUGUACUAAUUGGUGACACUCCAUGUGCUCUUACUGUUUCUGAAACUCAACUGCUCUGUGAGUCGCCAAACCUCACAGGACAACAUAAAGUAACGAUUAAGGCUGGAGGGUUUGAGUUCUCUCCAGGGACACUGCUGAUCUAUUCUGACAACCUGUUGACUUUGCCAGCCAUUAUUGGCAUUGGUGGAGGAGGCGGUCUUCUCUUGCUCAUCAUCAUAAUUGUCCUUAUUGCAUACAAACGAAAGUCUCGAGAUGCUGACCGUACCCUCAAACGUCUCCAGCUGCAAAUGGACAACUUGGAAUCACGUGUGGCCUUGGAAUGCAAGGAAGCUUUUGCUGAGCUGCAGACUGAUAUCCAUGAGCUGACCAAUGACUUGGAUGGGGCUGGCAUCCCCUUUUUGGAUUAUUGCACCUAUGCCAUGAGAGUCCUCUUUCCAGGAAUAGAAGACCAUCCUGUCCUGAAAGAAAUGGAGGUCCAGGCCAACGUGGAGAAGUCUUUGACGCUUUUUGGGCAGCUCUUGAACAAAAAGCACUUCCUGUUAACCUUUAUUCGAACCUUGGAGGCCCAGCGUAGCUUCUCCAUGCGUGACAGGGGUAAUGUGGCCUCUUUAAUUAUGACAGCACUACAGGGUGAGAUGGAAUAUGCCACUGGAGUGCUGAAACAGCUUCUCUCAGAUCUGAUUGAAAAGAAUUUGGAGAGCAAGAACCAUCCCAAAUUGCUUUUGAGGAGGACUGAGUCGGUGGCUGAAAAAAUGCUGACCAACUGGUUCACAUUCCUUCUGUAUAAGUUCUUAAAGGAAUGUGCUGGUGAACCUCUCUUCAUGUUGUAUUGUGCCAUCAAACAGCAGAUGGAGAAGGGGCCUAUAGAUGCCAUCACUGGAGAAGCCCGCUAUUCCCUGAGCGAAGACAAGCUCAUCCGGCAACAAAUUGACUACAAAAUGUUGACACUAAACUGUGUGAAUCCUGAGAAUGAAAAUGCUCCUGAAAUUCCAGUCAAGGUCCUAAAUUGUGAUACUAUCACACAAGUGAAAGAAAAGUUGUUGGAUGCUGUGUACAAAGGAGUACCAUAUUCCCAAAGACCCAAAGCAGGAGACAUGGAUUUGGUGAGCACGAUCCCCAGUGACCCCAUGCCCUUCUCUUCCAUCGGUGCAGAGUGGCGGCAGGGCAGGAUGGCUCGGAUAAUUCUUCAAGAUGAAGAUGUCACCACAAAGAUCGACAAUGACUGGAAAAGGCUCAACACUCUAGCUCAUUACCAGGUAACAGAUGGUUCGUCUGUGGCACUGGUGCCCAAGCAGAACUCUGCCUACAACAUUUCCAAUUCUUCUACUUUCACAAAAUCACUCAGCAGAUAUGAGAGUAUGCUCCGGACAGCUAGCAGUCCUGACAGUCUCCGUUCCCGGACCCCCAUGAUCACACCUGACCUGGAGAGUGGCACCAAGCUUUGGCAUCUGGUCAAGAAUCACGAUCACAUGGAUCAACGAGAAGGUGAUCGUGGCAGCAAGAUGGUCUCAGAAAUAUAUUUGACUCGUCUGCUAGCUACUAAGGGAACUUUGCAGAAGUUUGUGGAUGACCUUUUUGAGACUAUCUUCAGCACAGCCCACCGAGGGAGUGCCUUGCCUCUGGCCAUCAAGUACAUGUUUGACUUCCUGGAUGAACAAGCUGAUAAGCACCAGAUCAAUGACUAUGAUGUCAGGCACACUUGGAAGAGUAACUGUCUACCUCUACGUUUUUGGGUGAAUGUGAUUAAGAACCCGCAAUUUGUGUUCGAUAUUCAUAAGAACAGUAUUACUGAUGCCUGCCUAUCAGUGGUGGCUCAGACAUUCAUGGACUCCUGCUCAACUUCUGAGCACAAGCUAGGGAAAGACUCUCCCUCCAAUAAACUACUGUAUGCCAAGGACAUCCCUAACUAUAAAAGCUGGGUAGAAAGAUAUUAUGCAGAUAUAGCUAAAAUGCCAGCAAUCAGCGAUCAGGACAUGAGCGCCUAUUUGGCAGAGCAAUCACGGUUACACUUGAGCCAAUUCAACAGCAUGAGUGCCCUGCAUGAGAUCUACUCAUACAUUACUAAGUACAAGGAUGAGAUUUUAGCUGCUUUAGAGAAGGAUGAACAGGCCCGAAGACAACGGCUGCGAAGUAAGUUGGAGCAGGCAAUUGACACAAUGGCCCUAAGUAGCUGAAAAGGCUGAGUUGUUGUUGCAGACUUCCUAGCAGUGGAUGCUAAAAGAGAAGGGGCAAGCAAGUUGCAGCAACCAGAAAACACACAAGAUAUAUUGGGGCUCGGCACAAAAACAGUGCACAGAGUCUGCUGCGUCUUUGAACCUUUUGCACAGAUUGAACAGAAGAAAAACAAACAAUCCUUUAAAUCAUUAUUAUCAAAGCAAAUUGAAACAAUUUUAAGGACCUUUUUGAAAGGAGCGAGUGACGUGGCAAAGAACCCGAGAGACCCAAGAGAUGUGUGAGAAGAGCCGGGGGAAGAAAUUCCAGCUGAACUGCUACUGUCCCUUCCCCACCAAGGCCUGCCCCAAAUCUGACAAUGGAAGGUUGGGGCAUGCACUAACUUCUAGGGCAAUGUUUUUACAUUAUGUUUUUCUUAUAGCAGGUGGGUGGGCAGUUUUAUCAUUUUUUUUCCUUCUGUAUUUGCUUCGUCUCCCACCUUGACUGGACAACUGAACUCUUGAAUCUACUCUUCCUUUCUUACUCCCUGGCCUUCUGCCUCUAGUGUUAACUGCUAAAUUUGCACAAUUUUCACAAGCUAAUGCUAUCCUUUUAGGGGACUGAAAGGAUAUGGAGGGGAGGGAGGUUGCAAAUCUGCAAGAAAACUUUGGGAGAAUUUUUUUUUCCCCCAACAAAUUAUUUGCGUGGGAGAGAAAUGAAUAGAACCUAGAGAAGCAGCAGUCCCAGGCAUCCUUUAUUCUUUCCACAGUUCGUCCUGUGCCAUUUUAAAAUGUUACUGAGCACAGGCCAAAUAAAUGCUCUCAUCUUGAAUGCUGCUUAAGAGUGUGCUGGAGACUUAGAAAUAGGAAGGCAAAAAAAAAAAAAAAAAAAGAGGGAUAGACACAUGAAAACAAUCUCACCUAAAGAAAGUUUUUUUCUCAUCUAUAAGAAGCAAUGCAACUUCCCCAAUACACCUUGCAUUGGAUUUUUAUAGAAGUCAGAAUGAGCUUUUAUAAGCAGAGUUUUAACAACUCUCUCAGCGUUGCCCCUACUCAGUUUUCAUUGCAGAUACAUACACACAUACACAAACACAAACUUCUCCCAUGUGUAAGCUUUCAAUUUAGAGGUCAAAGAUAUUUUCAAAGAAGCUCUCCAUGUACAAGUGUCAUAUAGCCAGAGAGAAAGGAGCUAUUUAGUCUUAAUAGCUCAGUAUUGCAAAGGAGAAUGUUCAGAUUAAGCAGGAUCAUGCAGGCGGUUUAGAGAAAAGCUACUUUUGCCUAUUGGAAUUGCAUUGCUCCACCACAUUCCAGUGGCUCUCCCAAUGGCAACAUAAAGCCUGGUCAGAUUAUCGGAAGGGCAGUGAAAAAUGAUAGAGUAUUCCCAUAUACAAUUGCAAUUUAGCCUAGAUAAGUAUGGCAUGGUGGUUUCAACAUUGUUUUUAUGUUAAGUGUAUGUAUGUAGGGGUGUGUGACUGUGUGUGUGUGUGUGUGUGUGUGUGUGUGUGUGUGUGAGAGAGAGAGAGAGAGAGAGAGAGAGAGAGAGAGAGAAUGAGUAUGCUCAUGGACAUGCAACUCUUCCAAAUACUGAUUAUAACAUCCUCAUAUCUUCAGUAGGCUAAUUCCAAAAACAAAACCAGGCUUCAAGUUUAAAGCAGGUUUGUCCAACCUGUGGUUCUUGGUCUACCUGAAGCCCUGGACAGUUAGUAGUGGGGCCCCACAAGUUCAUAAACCUUGCACAUUGUUAUGUGAUUUGUAUAUGUUACUGUCAAUGGAUGAAAUUAAGCAUUUUAUAGAAUGGCUAGGAAAUCUAUAGAAUGCCAAAAAUGGGAUGUCAAAGUAUGAAACGCUUAAUAUUUCACACAUUUCCUAGGCAUUCUAUGCAAUGCCAAAAGGCAAACUGGCAAAAUAUAAAAUACUCCUGCUAAAAUGCCAUUCUAGCCUUCCUUGCUGCAACAAGUAAGUCAGUACUGUUUGUUUUGUCUUCUUUUUUUCCAGUAAGAAAAAAACUUCAUUUUGUAUUAUUUCUUUCAUUUUCAUAUAAGUCUUUCCAGUAAAGGGUUAGAGUUAGGGUUAGCCUAAACCUAAGCUUAAGCUAACUCUAACCUUUUUCAUGUCUCUCUUUUUAUACUUUGCUUAAAUAGUUCUUGUCAUUCUGCAUAAUACCUAGAUAUUCUAUACAAUAUCUAGGAAAAGUAUACAGUGUAUUAAAAUAACACAGAGAUUUCAUACUUUGCUGAGAAACAUCACACGUUCUUUUGUUCUCAUGUUUCAUUUGUUUUUCCUAUUUUGUAUUUUACCUUUUAUGAUAAAAAUAGAUAUACUUAAAAGAGAAACGUCACACAUUCUGUAAAUUUCCUAGACAUCCUAUACAGUGCCAGCUUGUCACACGUUGCUGGUAACAUAUGCAUUAACGGUAUUACAUAUUUAAUAUGCAGCCCAAGACAAUUCCACUUCACUCAGUGAUGGCCCAGGCAAGCCAAAAAGUUGGGCAACCAUGUUUUAAUGCAAGAAAUAAUGACUAGGCAACCAAAACUGAGUCUGCAAUCAAGUCUUGUUUGUGCCCAACAAAAUACUCUGUAAGAAAUAGACAUGAUAGCAGCUAGAUUGAUAGAUUGGCCCAGGUAAGAGAAAGUUAAGAGAAAAUGUGGCUCUUUAAUUGCAUGGAAGCCCAACCAUUCAGGAUCUGUUUUGUGUGCUGAUAUCAGUGGUCAGUUAUGAUCUCUCAGGAAAGUGUUUGGAUGGUUGCUCCCUUGUUGGAAACUUUUAAGUGAUCUAUGACCAGGUACACAAUAUUCUUACUCAAGUUUAUUAUAACUUGCUUCGGUUACCUUGCCAUCCUGUUUCUUUAGGCAGUGGAUAAAUAAUAAUUUCUAUAGGAACAGCAAUGGAUUGUCUGCUUGCAUUUAAUGUUAGUACCUAGAUUAGCAGAAAAGUACCAGAAAGGUCACUGCCCCCUCCCCCCUCUCCUAAUUGGACACCUACUUUCUAUUUACUCCUAUUUCUUGCAACCCAAAAAUUCUAAUUCCUUACUACCCUGAUUCUGAGCAUUAGAUGAUUCUGAGGUUGUUGGUUAGCAAGCAAUCACCAGAGGAAACAAGUGCCAACAUUGGAAAACAAUAGAAAGUCUGUAAAAACUGAGCAGAGAGUCUUGGUUACUUGCCAUAUGAUUAAAGGCAAGGCUUCCUUUAUGGCUACCAUGGAGAUUUCCAAAGUAUCUUGUAAUGUUUUAGAAUGGAAUGUGUGUUGCUUUGUCUUAUCUUGGCACAGUUCGUUUAGAACAGACAUGUCAAACUUGCGACAUCACGUGACGUCGCGAACGUAUCGGGACGGUUUUGCCAUUGCCAGCAAUGGAGUUGGCGCAGCUUCCGGAUGAUGCAUCCGGCCUGCGGGCCAGCAGUUUGACACCCCUGAUUUAGAAUGUAUCCUCAGUUAAAAGCAAAGCCUUUACACAGGUAGUCAAAAUGAUUUAUGACCAUUCAGUUAACAACCAAAGUGGUGAUGUUGCUUUCAUUGGGAUUAUUCCUGACUUCUGUUUCCUUUUUCCUUCCCUUCUGUCAUUUAUUUCUUCAUCAUUCCAUCAAAUAUUCCACUCUUUGCAUUAAGACAUUCAGUUCCAUUCUGUAUGUAAAGCUUUUUACUAUUAUUUUAAAUUUACCAGUGUGUUGAAGUCACUACCCUAAUUCAACUCAGGUGACCAAAUCCACCCAAUUUUCAGUCUUCACCUAUCUGCCUGUCAAGUACCAAUAAAUUAAGCUGCUCUCUCAGCCUACCUAAUGUUGAAAGAGAAGGUAUUACAAAACAUAUCAAGCCUGAUCCUACCCAAAUAAGUGGAAGACAGAUAUGAUAUUUGUGUGUGCGAGUGUGUUCGUGUGUGUGUUUGUAUAUGCACACAAAAUGUUAUUAUCUACUUUUUAUGCCUCAGUGGGGCAACUGUACAAUUAACUGGAGGAGUUGAAACAAUAUCAAAUGUGGUUUUUACACUAACAGUGGAAAAUACCAAAUUGGGGAAAAAAAACAUAUUAACAUUCCUCACCAAUAGAACAAUCCUUUGAAUAUACAUCUCAAAUUACUUUGUACUUUUUAUUUUUAAUUAUUUCUUUAAUUAAGGAGGAGGAGGAAAAGAAGACAAUAAAAUAAAACAAACUAAAAAAAAAAAUCUGUGGAGUCCUGAGAUAAUUCUGGAUCCAUAAGACCUGUGGGCUGUUGCAUGACUGUGAUAGAAUUUAGUCUGAGUUAAUCUUUUUUCAAAAGAAAAAAAUGCAAGUGUUGAAUAUUAGAGGUUUGGUUAGACUUUUUUUUAAUUUUGGACUUAAUUUGUCACUUCUUGUACAAGAAACAAAAAAAAUGUAAAUUGUUUAUUUCUGGAAAAUGGUACUCAAAUAAGUCUUAAAGGACAGCUAAAUGUUGCUGCACAUGAAGGAUACCAUAAUGUUUUAGAGGUUCACCUCUCCAGACUUUGAAGUCUACUUGGGACUAUAAAUGCUAUAUGAUUUAUGUUCCUCAACAUGGCUAAUCUUUUCAUUUUACAAAUUGUAUCAUGGAUCACAAAGAAGCAAAUUUGGCUUUAUGGUUUCACGUGAUCAGAAUCUUCAUCUGUUUUGAUUAAUACAAAGAAGCCGUUUCUUUAAAAAGUCACAUAUCUUUUUCAGGAGCUGCUUAGAAUCAUAGUGCUUAAACUUUAAAAGGAACUUGGAGAUCAUUUCAUUUCAUCCAACCAACCAACUGUCCAUUGCAACAGACUGCUACUUUAUGGCCAUCCAACUUUUGUUUAAACCCUAGCAAAGAAAGGCAAGCUGUUCCAUUACUGAACAGCUUUUAAGAUUAGGACAUUUAUUCAGUUUAAAUCUACCUGUCAAAUAAAUCCUUUAUCUUUCAUUUUGCAUCCUGGAACAACAAUUCUGCCCCUGCCUUCUAUGUGACAGCUGUUCAAAAACUUCAGUAUGACAGUCAUAUGUCUCUUUUCUUCUUCAGGCUAAACAUGUCCAACACAUUCCUUAUAUGUUUUUCCUUAUAUGUUUUUCCAGACCUUAGUUUGUCUCCUAUGGAUGUCCUUUAGGUUGUCAAUAUCCUCCCUAAUAUGGAGUACUCAGAAUGGGACACAAUAUUUUAGAUGCCAAUAUUGAAUAGAUGGGAGGAAUUCUAUUAAUGUUGUCAUGUUUCUGUUGAUACUACAAUCUUAAGAUUGCAUUUGCUUUUAUUUUCAUUUUGCAGCUAUAUUACAUUGUUGGCCAUGUUAGCGUGUGAUCCCUCCAGAUCCAUUUUGCAUAUAUUAUUGCCCAGUGUGGUCUGUUCCCCAGUUCCUAUAUUUCAUACCUUUGAUUUGUCCUAUACAAACAUUGCAUUUGUCCAUGUUCGUGUUCACAUUGCUAGUUUCUACUCAUUUCAGCUUAUGAAAAUCCUCCUGACUGUGAAGUAUUUGUUAUCUCCUCAUCUUUGUGUCUUCUGAAAGUUGAUAUUUUCUACCCCUCAUCCAAGUCAUAUAUAAUUAAGUCAAACAGCACAGAUCCUGAAAUGCAGCAUUUGUAACACCAUUCAAUGCUUCUUUCCAGCUAAACAAUUAGCCAAUUAGAUUUGUUGGGUGCAGUCAUUCAGUUAAAGCUCUCUCUAGCUGAUAGGAUAGCCUAAUCCAAAUUUAACAUCUUUACUAAAAUCUCAUAAGAUUCUUUGCUGAAUACUUUCCUAAAGCCAAGGGAGACUAUACUGUAUACACGCCGUCUCCAUUAUGACUAAACUGAUCCCCAAGAUCAGGUUGGUGUUACAGUCUUAUUUUUGAUAAAGCCAUGCUGGAGUUUCCUUAUCCAUGUUAGGUUGAUUGUGAAGUAAAUCAAUAUUGGAUUUACAUGAAGUUCCUGCAGAAUGCAAAAUUAAGUAAGUGAUUUGGGGAUUUAUUCUUUUUUCAAUUUUUUUUGCUUAUGAAACAGCUUGUUUUUCCCAUUAUUGGCCUUGAUUCAACUAAACCAUUAUCAUCGGUCUGUGGCAAUGAUUUAACCCCUGGGCAAAGGAGUCCUUGCCAAAUAUAAACAAAUAGAAUAAAAUAAAAAACUAGUAAUGAUGAAGUGUGUGGAAAAGUCGACAUUUUUCUGUAUCUUUUAGGUUCUCUGCCAGAUGGACAAACAACUUCAGUUAAAAUAGCUGAAAAGCAAUAAACUAAUCAGUGUGAAUGCUUUUUCACAUGCAAAGGCUUCACUCGACAUAAGAUAGAUCCAUUAUAGCAAUAUUCAGAUGGGGCAUGAAAAAAGUUGUUCCUCCCCAUGUCUGCUUUGUCUUGAGUGAUGCUUCUCUGUUUUUUGAAGGGUGAAUGAGGGAGGUAUAAUUAUCUGGUUCUAUCUAUCAGUUUGUCUGCUACUUAAAUAGAGCCAGCCAUUUUCCAGACAGUGCCUGAGGCAAAAGAGAAGCUCAGUGGCUGUCCCACUAUCAGGAAAAAAAUAUAUAACAAGUAGGCAACUGAACCCAGAUGCUCAUCUUUCUCACCAUGGUGCUUGUGGUUUCACAGAAAAUAAACAAUUAUUUGUGUGACCACACAUUCCUCCUGUAUUUUCAAAGGGCUUACAGUCAGAUUCAUAAGGGAUCGCUCUAAUAAAUAAAUGGAGCAGCUCUAAUCCUGUUUAAUUGUAGUUUCAAACUCUACCUAGGACACUGCAAAUAGUUAUGUUAUACUUCUGAGGACUGGCUGUUCACUUGAUGUCACCACUUAAAGAGUUGAUUAUCCUUGCCUACCGAUGGAGCUCUUGGAGAUGUAACUUGUAUUUAUUUGGUUGCCCUUUUUAAUUUGGUGUCUCCCAGCCUCUCAAUACUAAGCAGGUUGGUAUUUUUGCAUACAAAAUUAUUUAAAUAAACAUCUCACCUGACAAUGGUUCAGUAUCAAUCCUAAAAGUUCAUUGAAUACAUGGCGAAGGUUGAUAUUACUAUACUGAAAGUUUUUAAAAUGUGGAGUCAUAGUGCCCACUUGAGCAGAACUUACUAGGUCAACAUACUGACAUUCCUUUUUAGUGUCCAUGGAAAAUAAAAAAAUUUAAAUCAUUAAGCCAUUUUUUUCCUUUCUUUCUUUUUGAUAGCAUCACUCAUUUUGUUUCUAGUGAGUAAAUGAGUCCAUUGUUGGCAAUGCCCUCCAAAGUUAGCUUAUGUAGCAAUUUCAUAAUUUAUGAAGUUAUGAAGUGAUUUUCCUAGUAUUUAAAAAGCUAGGCAUCUUUGUGAGUGUUUGAUUUUCAUUUUUUUCUUCUUUGUUGUUGAUCUACCCUGUUUUAUUUAACUACUGUAUAUUGAAAGUCGGCAUACUUCUGAUAACCCAAAAUUCCUAAAUGGAUUGAGGAUUGUUCAAAAAACCGCUUGUGCAGUUCUUUGAAACAUCUGGUUAGCUCCUCAAGGAUUACAUGGACUUUUCAUCUUACUCAGUAGGACCAUUUUUGUAUUCCUAAGCAAUGAUUUUCUUAGCUUUUCACUUCUGUUGAUGUUGUGUAAGCUGUCCUUUCUUAUUUCCACUUAUUUCUCUUGAGGGUCUGUUCUUCUCAUGUAACUGUUUAUUGUUUCUUUCCUAUUAAGAGUGGGGAUUAACAGUGAGGAGAGGUAGAAUGAAUUUACUUUACCCAAGUAUAAAUAUUUUAUUAAGAUUUUUCAUCAGAUUAUGUUGACCCUUGAUGCACCUAGUUAUACAAAUACUCUGCCAAGAUAAUGUCAGAAACUGCAAUACUGAAUCCCCAGAAGUUUCUGUAGUUAAGCAGUUAUUUUAACUGUAGUUAUUCAUGUCAUUACAAUAGGUAAGAUAUUUUGAUACACCUUUGGAUUGAUGCUCAAAUGAGCACAUGAGAAAGUUGUAUACAUAAGCAGGAAAAUCUUGGAUUAACAUGUCUUUACAAAAAUCCUUCAAAAGCAAACAGUGGAAUGUUAAAAUGGCAACAGUGAUACUGAAUAAAUAGAGAUUAUCCAGACAGAUAUGCCAACACAUUUUUCUAAGUAAAAUUAACUGAAGGAUUCCUAAAAGCAUCAAAUAUCAGAAACAAAAAAGGAUAUUUAUCAUGUCACUACUUAAAAUUGCACUUAAGCAUUAUGCCAAUUGAUUAUUUGUGGUUCCCUACCAAUAAACCUAGUGUCCACUCCAGCAUAUAUGACUUGAUAAAUGUUCCAUUAUUUGAAUACUCUUGUAGGAAAAGAUGCAUAUGAAAUACUUUUUGUUCUUCAGGGACUAGUUCAGGUUUUACAUUCAUUGUUGAUAAAUUUCCUCAUAUUUCAUUUCCUUCCCUUAGUCUCCCAUACCUUGCAUUCUUAAAUAUAAAUGCAGUUUUAGGACACAAUGGGAAGGCGUUGAAGGAGCAACUCAGUAGAAAAACAUUGAAGGUGGCACCGUGAUUGAUAAAUGAUCUGAUCUCAAAAUGCACAGUCUUGGUAGCCAGUUCUGAGAAAACGAUUUGAGAGAGCAAAUUUAAGACAGGGUUUUUUUUUGUUCCCUUAAACCAGGGGUGUCAAACUGCCACCCCGUGGGCUGGUUGCACCCACACCAUUUCCGGCAAUGUGAAAAAAGUCGUGAUAUGUCACGACACAUCACGUGAUAUGGUGAGUUUGAUACCCGUGCCUUAAACCAUUGGCUUUUCUUCAAAGUUCAUUGUAUUCUGACAUCCCUCAACGAGUGCAAAUAACAAAUCACUUGUCUUCAAAAUGUGCAAAAUUACAGAAAACUAAUAACACACACCAACUUCCAUGUGAGCUCCACACUCUGGACUGUUUACUUAGAGUAGAUGGCACUGGUUCUACUUUCACCUUUCAUACAGAUAGCCUGAAGGACAAACACCAGCUCCAUGGAGCAGGGUUUACAAAUUUAUCCCAGGUUCUUUUUGCACAUGUACUCCAAGAAAAAUUAUUACAGGGAGUUAGUACUUCCAGUUCCAUGGACCUGGAAGGUUUAGGGAUAGUUCCCAAAAGUGGAAUAGGGGAGCUCUCCAGUACACUGGACAAGAGAGUGAACUAUUCCCCUUUUUCCCUUUUGAUGUUCCUCUUUUCAGCACUUUUGGUACUUCUUUGGGCUGAAUAUAUAUUCCAGCACUGUAGGGCGCUACCACUCACACUUAUUUCUAAGGAAUGUCAAGGCUGCAGUUAACUGUCCUUUAAGAAAUGGGAAAGGGGGUGGUAUGGGAGGGGAGACAAAGAGGAAACCAUAAAAAACAGAAUUUUAAUAGUAAAAUUUAAAAAAAAAACAUAACUUUAUGUGAUUGUUUCAAACUUGAAGCAACUGUGCCAGUAUGGCAGGUCGGCACCCUUUGGUUGUGUAAAUAUCCUGCUAUUUACUAUUUUAAUGUUCUUCAGAUUUAGUACUUGUAAAUAAACACGCACAUUAAGAAGAGAUUAAACAUUUUUG